AUGGAAGAAACAGUAGACAAACUCGAAGCUUUGUUUCAGAAAGCCGAAUCAGAUAUUAAUUAUGUAUCCAGAAAGUUAGAUUCUGAAUUCACAGAAAUGUCAGACGAAUCCAAUCAGGUGAAUCCUAAAGAGAUAGUUGAGAGGCUGCAGAGUGUCAAACAGCAGUAUUCGGACAUCGUCAAAGAAGCUGAAGAAAUCAAGAAAGCACAGAGUGAGGCAUCAGAGUUCUUUCGCUCACAAUUACAGAUGGCCUGUCAGGCACUGCAGAAAAUACAGGACCAAGCCGGAGCAGACCCCCAAGAGCAAACUGAAGAAGACAAGAUGGCGGAAGCAAUGUUGGGUUUAAACUUAUCACAGACAGAUGAAACACAAGAAUCCAAACAUUAUAACACAAGACAGUCGUCCGAAGAUUUUGGUGGAGAAUAUUGUGAAGGGGCAUGUGCAAUUGCAGAUGCACUUCCUUCACCUGCAGUAGAAGCUGAAAGUGCUGCUGAACUACGGAAGAAUGGUGAGUUUGUUGAUAUCAGCAAAGAUGAGUUUAUGUCCGUAUCGUCAUUGAUCAGAGGAAGAGUCAAACUAGCGGAUGUGAAUAAGAUUUAUCAGAUGUUAUAUACACAUUUUAAAGAAGAAGCAACACAGAGCCACUGACUACCAAAGAUAUGACCAGUAUGAGUAUGAAGGUUACAGGAGCUACUGGAGAAGCCAAACUAAAGGUUCUGAGAUCACUGAAAAUAAUACAGAUGAGCACAAAAGGCGAUGUUCAGCUAUUAUAGACGACUCAGAGUAGAUUUAAAGGGAUUAGAUUUAGAAUCAUCCACAUACAGUGAUCAUUCAGUUUUACAGCUUUGUUGAUUGAGAACAUGCUUGUCACACGCAACGUAAUAUUACCAUAAUUGGUAUAGUACAGGUGUGAUGGUUCAAAUACCAAAAUGGCAACAGUAACAAAAAGACUUCCCUGGCGGCGAUGAUAAAAUACGAACACGAAGCCAACAGAUGAGGUUUCAACUGGUACUGGUAUUAUUAUACUCUGCAAACAUCAAGUACAAUAACGCGGUAAAACUCCACUACCGGUACUCCAAUAACUAGAUACUUAAACUCCAAUACAAUUCAACGAGAUCUCAGAUCUGAUCUCAGUGCUGAACAACUCCCCUAUAUAUACCCAUACUGUCAAUAAAUAGACCAUUACAUCAGCAUACAUAAUGAGUCUGGAACUUACUACAAAUUUCUAGAAUGUUCCAUUACCUUCUACAGUGUCCUAUUACCUAUUCAACCAACUUCUAAAAAUUCCACCCAGACACAGUACGGUUCUAGAACAUUCUCAGUCACACGGAAGUGGUAAACAAGUCGUAUGCGACAAUGCUAAUAUUUAAUUACCUUGUCAACGAAAUGGCUACCACAAGCUAACUUAUAUUAUCUAA